CGCCACUCCAUCUCCAUCUUGAAUUCAGCACCUUCAAUUUACCGUCCUCUUCACCAAAAUGGCUGCACACUGGUGGCUCCUCCGCGCAAUCCAAUCCUUCGAAGAUCACAUCGUCGCAUCCAUCCUCCGCCAACCGGGUUUCCACCGCGCAGUAACACGCAUUCACAAGACCAUCCACGAGAAGCAACACGGACGAAAUCCGCACGAGCCUUUGGCACCGGGCGAGGCGACGGCGGAUCCGAAUACGUCUGGUAAAAAUUCACAGUUUGCGAAGCAUUUUCUGGAUGAGAUCAAGAAUCAGUUUCGGGGGAAGCCCACGGAUAUAACGAGGAAGUGAAAGAGAUGGAUUAAUGAUUUAUGAUACCCGGUUACUCUGCGAUUAACAACGAUUGGAUGUGAUGGUGGGAGGCACAAGAGUUGGAUUGAAUGAUGUUGGAUAAGUGAAUGGAACAAGCGAUUACCUACCAACUCGUGCGAUACGAACCUCGAAUGCUACAACCAUACGCGGGAUCUUGAACUGGUCAACGAGGAGAUGGACAGUAUUUAUUGAGGACGAUUGAGUCGCUCAGUUGAGCCGAGCAGACAGCGCUCUACUUGAUCCUCCAUACAACCCACACAACCCAGGACGAUGGUCUGCGACCGGGACGGCGCAUAAUCUUCCCUAUUUUCUGGUCGAUGGACCCUUAUCUAUCUGCGCCGUUAGCAAGAGUCGUUUGGAAACAUGAACGGUCGCUCUACUGUACAUUACCGCGCCUACGGGCUGCCAAUCAUACCCUUUGCCGCUCCAUGUCUUUUCGCUCAUUGCUGAAUCGUCUAUUACUGCAAAAGCCAUGUCCCUGUUACAGCUUACACGGCAGACAAACACGCCACCAUGUUCAUAUCCCUCCCAAUUAACGCCGAUAAUUGUCCCCAUUUCUCCAAGCUCAUCUUGCGACGUGCAAAUCGAUGAUGUCUUGGCGUAGUGUGCUGGAUAUGUGUACUCGUAG